AUGUGGGGCUUAGAUUAUGGAAAGGGGACAUUCAUGCAAACCACACUUCUAUUACUGGUUGUUGGUCUGUUCGCCGAGCUCUGCAGUUGGAUUGCAAACGUUUCAUCACCAAUCGAGGUGACGUCAUCAGUGCAGGGUAGCUUGGGUGCGCUGUUCGGUUGUUGGUCUGUUCGCCGAGCUUGGCAGUUGGAUUGCAAACGUUUCAUCACCAAUCGAGGUGAAAUCGUCAGUGCAGGGUUGAGUGGGUGA